AUCUUCCUAAUACAUAUUCCGUUCUUGGUCCGCCAUCUGAUCGGGUUAAUCCCAUCAUUGGUGCUCUCAUUGAGAGAUAUACUGUGAGAUAAGGCUGUGAGAUUAUGGCCGGACGAAGGACGAGACGUAACCCUGCUACUUCUGCCCAGUCGACGGAGCUCCAUGAUCCGGAGGAGGUUGAAAGGGAAAGGCGAGCCAUUGACAGACGCCAGGCGGAGGAAUUGGCCCGGAAUAGCAAGGUGAACGAAGGCCAGGCUAAGGAUCCAAGCCGGAUCUUCGGCGAUGGAAACGAGAACCCGCGGACAUCUGUCUUUGAAAGGAUAUCUCGCCAGAAAGCUCAAGUUAGUGAGAGACUGGGGAAGAAUCCGGAAAAGGCACCCCAGGGAUGGAUACGACCCCAGGCCAGCCAGAGCCAAGCCAGGAUCCCAGCACCACGACGUCUGGGACCGCCGGUGCCGGAAGCUGGUGAAUUCCAAGAUCUGAGGGAGCAGGUCCAGGAGAUGCAGAGGAAGAUAAACAAGGGUCGAGUAUUCACCACCCGUACGAAUACCCCCUUAGCCCCGGAGAUCUUUGCGGAACCAUACCCGCAGGGAUUCAAGAUGCCUUUUGUUAAGCGUUAUGAUGGGGAGUCAGACCCCCAGGAACACAUAAACAGUUAUGUCCAAGUGAUGAUCGCUGUUGACGCUAGUGACGCACUCAUGCGCCGGUGUUUCUUGCAGACCGUUGAUAGCAAGGUCGCGGAUUGGGUCAACCAUAUCCCUGCCGGAUCGAUCCAGACUUGGGAUGAGUUGGGACUGCGGUUCCUAGAGCAUUUUGCUGGGAACUGUCGUCCCAAAAAGCAUUUCACUCACUUGGCGUCAGUACGACAGAAGCAUGGAGAAUCCUUGAAGAAUUUCCUUAUCCGAUGGAGGAAAGAGUCCAGGGAGGUUGAAGGAACCGAUGAUAAAUCCAGGUUGGCUAUGUUCACGGCGGCAUUACAGGAUGGACUCCUUCACACCGAUCUCACUACUCAUCCCCCGGAUACCUUCGAAGAAGCGAUGGUCCGGGCAGGGAGGUACGUGACCUUGGAGGAAAGGAAGGAGGAGAAGAAGGAGAAGACUCCUAAAGAAGAAGAGAAGACGGGGAAUAAGAAGCCGUUCAAGAAUAAGAAGCAAGGCUUCCCAGACGGCCCAAAGGGUGCAAGUCCUGGGACCUCGGAGAAGCAUAAAUCUGCCAACCCGGUCUUCACAUUGCCAGUGGCUGAGGUCAUGGCCCAUGCUGCACAGCAAGGACUUAUGACUUACCCAACCUAUUCUCAGAAGGUCUGCAAUGUGGAAGACACUGGAAAAUGGUGUGCCUACCAUCGCAAGAAUGAUCACAACACAGAAGAUUGCUACACUCUGAAGAAUGAGAUGGCAAGGCUGAUCCGCCGGGGUCAUCUGAAGAAAUUUGUACAAGAUGGUGACACCAGGAAUCCCGGAAAUGCUCAGAAUGGGAAACGCAGAGAUAAAGAAGUGGCCCAAGAUGAGGCCCGGGAGAAACGCCACAUCGGGCUUGAAGACGAAGAGGAGGAUUCGGAACCCGCACCGCAUCGCCAGAAGAGACACCACGGGUGUAAUUUCAUCAUUGGAUGGAAUACUGGUGGGGACUCGGCCACUAGCCGGAAGAAGUGGGCUAACGCGGCAGUGGUCAACAAGGUGCUGGUCCCAGAAGGUAAGAAGCUGAAAACCGAGCCAAUUGUAUUUUCUAAUGCUGAUCUUCCAAAGACAGGGGUCCCUCAUAGGGACGCCCUGGUAAUUACUAUUGAUAUAAUGGACUUACUGAUCCACAAAACCCUUGUGGAUACAGGAAGCUCCGUUAAUAUCAUGUAUAUGGAUACGUACAAGGCUCUCGGUUUGACAAGAGAUGAAUUAUCACCCAUCAAGACUCCACUAACCGGGUUCACUGGUGACUCUAUUGAACCAGAGGGGGUAAUAACCCUCCCGGUUGAGAUAGGGGAUACUAAGGCGACCCGGAAGCUGGACAUGGAGUUUGUCGUGGUGGGGAUAAUCUCUAGCACGAACAUUAUCUUGGGCAGACCCGGAUUGGAAGAUUUGGAGUGUGUUAUCUCACCUCGUCACCUGUGCAUAAAAUUCCCAACCCCCUAUGGAGUUGGAAUUGCCAGAGGAUCUCAGAGAGUAUCCCGGGCAUGGUAUUUGAAGGCAACCAAACAGCCGGUCAAGUAUGAUACCCAAGUAGGAGAAGUGACUGCGCAACUCCUGAAGGCUGAGGAAAAACGUCCCAGAGUAGAGGUGGCCGGCGACAUUGAAGAAGUAGAAUUGGAGCCAGGCACGCCGGGAAGGUUGGUCAGGAUCGGCAAGGACCUGGGGGCUGAACUCAGAUCACGAGUGAUUUCAGUCCUUAGAAGGUUCAGAAGGGUCUUUGCGUGGAGUCCAGCUGAUAUGCUAGGGCUGGAUCACAAGAUAGCAGUUCAUCGCCUGAAUGUGCUGCCGGAUGCUAAACCAGUGAAGCAGAAACGAAGGCAUUUAUCACAGGAAAGAAGAGAUUUUGUAAAGAAGGAAGUAGCAACCUUGCAGAGCAUUGGGCACAUCCGGGAGGCUCAUCGGAUUAUUGUGCUCACCAAUGAGCCUUUGGCGUCACUUACCAGAAGCCCGGCGGCAUCUGCUCGGAUGACCAAGUGGGCGGUCUUUAUCAGUCAGUACAAUGUGGAGUUUAGGCCGCGCCCAUCCAUCAAGGGGCAAGCACUCGUCGACUUUCAAGUCGAGUGCACUGCUAGAGAAAUGACAAGAGCCCAGGUUGAAACCCGGAUGGAGAGGGACUGGUGGAUAAUGAGCAUCGAUGGAUCUUCUGGGUCUCGAUCUUGCGGAGCAGGUAUCGUCUUGAUCACCCCAGAAAAAUUCCGGAUUUAUCACGCUAUCAGAUUUCAGUUCCGCAUGUCCAAUAAUGAAGCUGAAUAUGAGGCCCUGAUCAAUGGAUUGAAGAUUCUUAGUAAGAUGGGGGUAUCCAGGGUUCAGGUCUACAACGACUCCCGACUAGUGGUGGGACAAAUCACAGGGGAAUUUGAAGCAAAGGAAGAAAGGAUGAAGAGGGCAGCAGAGGCAAAGGCACUGAUGGAGGAAAUUCACGAAGGAGUAUGUGCUGCACAUCAGGGUCCUUAUUCCAUUUCUAGAAGGGCUAUCAUCCAGGGAUACUUCUGGCCAACAAUGAGGAAGGAUUGCGAAGAGUAUGUACGCAAGUGCCCGACCUGCCAACAAUUCCAGAAUAUACCCGGGAGGCCAGCCACGAAUUACACGCCCAUCAGCUCUGUGAUUCCCUUUUCAAGAUGGGGGAUCGAUCUUGUGGGAGCUCUGCCAAAAGGGGCAGGGCAAGCAAGGUGGAUUGUGGUUGCGAUAGACUAUUUCACAAAGUGGGUGGAAGCUGAGCCACUUGCAGGGAUCACCGGAAGGCAGAUGAUUGACUUCGUCGGAACCAAUACACUCUGCAGGUUCGGGGUCCCGAAGCAGAUCAUAUCAGACAAUGGAACCCAGUUUGAGGAAGCCGAGUUUCAAGACUUUCUCAAAACUUGGGGAAUUCAGCACACGAAGGUAUUUGUUGCGUAUCCUCAAGCUAAUGGACAAGUGGAGAAUGUUAACAGAACAAUCAUAGACGGAAUAAAGAAGAAGUUACUUUCAGAAGGAACAAAAUCGGUAGAAGAACUGCCCAGAAUCCUGUGGACGUACAGGACGACUCCAAGGAGAGCCACGGGUGACACUCCUUUUGGCUUGGCUUAUGGUUUUGAAGCCCGGGCUCCCGCUGAAGUAGUAAUCCCCACCAAGAGAGAAAUGGAAUAUGACCCGGAGGUGAACGAACAGAAUCAGGCCGUAGAGCUGAAUUUCGUGGAAGAACGAAGGGAUGAAGCACGUAUCCGAGCAGAGAAUUAUCGUCGCCAGGUGAAAUCUUACUUUGAUAGCAAGGUGAAACCAAGGGCAAUCCAGGUGGGGGAUUACGUUCUGAGGAAACGAGAGAAAAGUCAACCAACUAAGGGUGGGAAGCUAGCUAAGAAGUAUGAAGGACCUUAUAUCAUCAAGGCCGUUGCUCGCCCAGGUACCUACAAGUUGGUGACUCCCAAGGGGAAAGAAAUUGAUAGGACAUGGAAUGUAGAGCACUUGGUCAAAUUUUAUUAGUGAAUCAUUUUGUAAAAAUGCUCUAUUUUUAAUUUAAAAUGUUUGUUUCAAUCAAAUUCUUUUAUAGCCAAGUGCCUUUGCAAUUUCAUUGUUCUAUAGAUUUCUUUAAAAAAAAAAAGGGGGGGGGGGGGNGGAGGUAGAGAAGUUUAUGCCUCCGUCAAAAAUGAAGGAAGGGUUGGGAU